ACAUGGACAACUGCUUUCACUGUCCACAAGAUCAUUAUCCCAAUGAGGAGCAAAAUUUAUGCAUUCUAAAAUAUGUAACAUUUUUGUCUUAUGAAGAAACUUUGGGGAUCGUCUUCACCAGUUUUAUUAUUUCCUUUUCUCUCAUUACCCUUUUGAUGCUCUGGCUCUUCAUUAAACACAAUGACACCCCUAUUGUGAAAGCCAAUAAUGAGACCCUCACAUACAUUCUGCUCAUCUCCCUCCUGCUUUCGCUUCUCUGUGCUUUGCUAUUCAUUGGCCAACCUUGUCAGUGGACAUGCCUUCUUCGGCAAGUUACUUUUGGCAUCAUCUUCUCCGUGGCAGUUUCUAGCAUUUUGGCAAAGACUAUCAUUGUAAUUCUUGCUUUCAUGGCUACCAAGCCAGGAUCCAGAAUGAGAAAAUGGAUGGGAAAGAGGCUGGGUCUUUCUAUCGUCCUUUCUUGCUCUUUUAUUCAAACCAUUAUUUGUAUUAUAUGGCUAUCUAUCUCAUACCCAUUUGUAGAUGUUGACAUGCAUUCCAUGCCAAAGGAAAUUGUAUUGAUGUAUAAUGAAGGGUCAACUGUCAUGUUCUACUGUGUCCUUGGUUUUAUGGGUUUCUUGGCAACUUUCAGCUUCAUAGUGGCUUUCCUGGUCAGGAAGUUACCUGACACCUUUAAUGAAGCCAAAUUUAUCACCUUUAGCAUGUUGAUAUUUUGCACCAUCUGGCUAUCAUUUGUUCCAACAUACUUGAGCACAAAGGGGAAAUAUAUGGUGGCUGUUGAGAUCUUCUCCAUUUUGUGCUCCAGUGGCGGGUUACUGGCUUUUAUCAUCUUCCCAAAAUGUUACAUUAUUUUGGUAAGGCCUGAUUUAAAUAACAAGGAACAGCUAAGAAAGGGAAGAAUUUAA